GCAUCGCAUCAAUAUACAAUGCAACUAUGUUGCAGUAAAACACUCACAACUUGAGCAAAGUAGUCACAAUGAUCCGGAAGACGUAGAACAUUCCAGAAUAAUUCCAAAAGCAUCUCCACGUAGAAAGCUUUGUGGGACCAGGAAUCAUGCCGGCGAAUAAGAAAAAGAAGCCCAAGAAGAAAAAUGAUCAGGAGACCCAAGACGAUGAGAAGAAAGAAGAGAUCAUGGUUCUGUCCAUGGAGGAGAUAGAGAUGCUUGCUGAGAAGAUGACUCGGCAAGUCUCCCUCCUGCAGAAGUCAAGGAGUAACUUCCAGGAUGGCGGGAGCAAGUUGCCACGCAAUCUGCUGCUCUCCGUGGAAGCCCAGCAGAUCUCAAAUACGCUGCACAGCUUCAUCACCAACAUCGAGAUCGCCAUGACCCGUCUCUCUUUCCUGCACCUGGACACCAUUCCUGACGUGGAGGACAAGGACUUGAUGAAAUCCCUGAACUCGCAUCAAAUAUCGGCGGAAAGACUUGAAGCCUUGGAGGGCUUCAGGGGAUUCUCCGGAGUGCAAGGGUUCGAAGGUCAUGCAGAAGAAGACAGCAUUCGACUUGAGAGAGACUUCAUGGAAUCUGUCAAGAAUAUCUUUAGGUGUUUCCAAGCAAAUCCGGAAGCCAUUUUUGACUUAAAAACAAAGUCAUGUACGGGGCAGGAAGGCCUGCUCCUCGGAGGUCUCAAGAAGUUUCACAAGCAGAUGAUUGAAAGAUUGAAAAACACGCCCGAUGAAGAGCUGCAGCUGCUGUUGCGUAAGCAGGCUCCCACGUGCACCCUCAAGGACAUGGAGGACAUUGUCAAGCUGGAAGCAGAAAUGGCUGACAUCAUCAAAAAAGUCGAUUCACAGAUUUCGGAAAAAAAGGAAGAGCUCAAAUAUUUGGAGAGCCAGCUUCAAGCUGACGACAAAAAGGACAUGAGUCUGCCGCUUUUAUCCGACGAACACUGUCAGACGUGCAUCAAAUCGUCGGCAGUGAAGCAGGCGGCCACACGGAAGGAAAUUGAUGUGCUCAGUGUGCAGCUCAACAAUUUGAUUCUUCAGAACAAAGAGGCCAUUAGAGAACUACAGGAGAAAAAUGAAAGACAAGAGGUGGAAAUUGAAGAAUUCCUCAAUGAUUUUGAUGAGAGAAUGGAGGAGAAUCAGGGUGACCUGGAAAAAUGUGAAAAGCAGUAUGAAAGCGAAGAAGAGGAAUUGAGGAUGCUGGCGGAGCCCUUCGCAGUUCUGGAAGUGGAGUACAACAUGAUCAUGGAGAGACGGCGACAGUUAGAGGAGCAGAGACAGGCGGAGCUGAAGGAGCUGGAGAGGAAGACAAAGGCUGCUCUACUGAUCCAGGCCUACUGGAGAGACUACUGCGCUCGCAAUGCUGCCAAGAAUCCCAAAGGGAAGGGCAAGGGCAAGGGCAAGGGGAAAGGAAAGAAAGGGAAGAAAUAAUCCACAGCGUUUUGAAAUAGCUGAAGAUGAUUGCAUUCGUAAACACAGAGCCUGGAAGGAAUUAUGCAACUUGGGUUGAAUAGAGUCACCAAUCGAUGUUUCCAGAUUAAGGGGUUAAACCAGAGAGGAGAUCUUGAGAUCAAUGUUCGAUUCAAGCCCAGGACGUGUUUUACAGUGAGCACAAAUAAUUACAGCAGUCUGGCAGAUGGCAGUAUUUAUUGUGUAUAGCAUAAUCCAUGACACAGGAAAAGGUCUUGCCUUAUACUAAACAAACCAGCUGUUGUCAUGUGAAAGUAGUUCCCCACUUCACAAUGUCAUUAUGGUCCUGGACAAAAACGCUGAUCUGUGAAAGAACACAAGUUUUGAAUUUCAUUGUUCAGUCGCCCCCUGUAGCCGGUCUCUUACCUUCUCCAGCAGUAACUCUGUAUCGUACGUAGCUUCCGCUCCUGCAUUCUCUGCUUCUCCAUUCGUCAACUCAUGGAGGUUCAGGGUCGCCAUUUUAAUUUGACCCAGCAGUAGGGUUUCAUUUGCUGCCGUUUCCUGGAUGUGACUCCACUCUCUCUCCUGUGUAUGAACACAGCUGAAACCCUCAAUUGCUUCACAACAUUUGAUAUAAAAUCUCAAUGAUGGUGUCUUGUACCCAGAAUUCAGCCUCUGAGAACGUCCUCUCCAGUUCAGUCUGGAGCUGCAACAGCUGGUUGCUCCUCCCCAGGACGGUCAGACGGUGCUGGUCCUCAUGUGUCAGCAGAGCUUUUCUUUGCCGGUUCACCUGCUCAUCUGCUCGGCUGAACCUCUCACUGAACUGAUCUCUGGUGCGAAGAAGGUUCUCAAGAGAAUCUGUGAUGGCCUGAACAUUUUCAAACUGCAACAGGUGGAAAAAACAUCCAAACUAAUGUACUAUUUACUAAAGCUUUCAAAAUCAUCCUACUACAUAAUAGGUGUUCAGUUACAACUUCACAGUUACUACUGCAAAAGGAAAAGUUCAACCAAUGUUACACUGUUUAAUGGAUCAUAAUAUGAGGAAAGAAAUGGACUGAAAAUGUUACCUUAGUUGCCUGAACAACCCGCUGCAUGAAGUCAUGGAACAGAGAACAUCUCUGCACCUGUUGCAGCUGCUGCUCUAUUCUCCUCUCCAAUGAACUUUGCUCCUCUUGAAGUUUCUGCAGCUCGGCCUCCAUGUUAGUCAGCUCCCUCUUUUGCUUCUCGGCUUUUAGAACAGCACGGCUUGUUUCGCGAUCCUUCUGAGGGAAAGAUAUAAUUUCAGAUUUAGAUUUUUUUAAUCUACUAAAUAUAUCAAAAUAAAGCUUUCCCAAGAAUAAGUCUAUCGCGGUGCACUAAUACAAGCUUUACAUCUGGACUGAACUGAAUCUAAAGUCAAAUAAAACAGGCGAGUGAUCUCGGGCAAAACUGUGAAAUGACCCCACUUUUCCCUAAAUACACAUUAACCAAUUCAGUUAAGUUUCUUCCACGUAUUGCUGUAAUGCUGCUUAUAGGGACAUAACCUGGCACAGAACAUGGAGAGGUUGAGAGGAAAUAAUGACACAGUAAACAAAACCACACGCAUAUCUGCGGAUAUUUUACAAUCAUCAAUGAACCUCUAUGUUUUAGGUGAGCAGAUGGAAACCAUAGCAAACACAGGGAGUCCAGAAAGGCAUUGGGUUUAACACCUAAGUGUCAAACCUUCAACUCUUGCCGUGGGACUAUCCUGACACCUUAAAUUCACCCAUUCUGUAUUGUUCUAUCUACAGUAGGAUGCUUUUAUUAAAACAAACAAAUGAAUAAAUACAUUUUUUAAGGUACCUUGGGUAAUAUAUCUUGGCUUCGGCUCAGUCCUCUGGUUCGCUCAGCCUCUUGUUGGCGCUCUUCUUUGCGGAGUCUCAACUCCUCCGAUUUCUACCAAAGAAAGUUCCCUGGUUUCUUGACAGUAAACUUGUAAAGUGAAGCCACAGAACCAUCCUCCCUGCCCAAGAACUAUUAACAAGGUGAAGCAAUAGGACAGAACAGCAUCAUUUAAUAAAAAAAAGAACACAAAAAGUCUUAUUAUGCGAGCAGGAGACCCUUAUAACACACCCACCGGUGAGAACCGUGUGAGUUGUGGUUGAUACCAUACUUGUAAUGUCAGUCAUGUUCGGCGUUAGCCGUUAGCAUAUGCUAGCACACGUUAGCUCAGCACCUGUCGGCUCUCCUCAAUCACCGCAGACAGCGUUUCCUGCUCCCGCCGUUUCCUCCGUAAAUGAACCAAAGUGUCGCUCCACUCCCACAGGCUGCUCCCGGUCACCACGGCGCUGUUUAGCACACGCAAAGCAAACGUUUCAAACCACAUACGUGCACGCAUUUUUAAACGAUCAACAUCCCAUUGCUUCGUCUGAUUCGUCACGAACUCACCGUGAACUCUGGCAGCUCAUGUCCGGCCGGUGUCUUCAGCCUUGACUUUAUUUCACUGUAAAGUCCCCGCUUCACUCACUUCUUUCUAACGUAUAUUUCAAAACUUGUUGCCAGUCUUCGGUUACUAUGGAAACCCAAACGGACGCGGCCGGAGGCAGCGCCACCAGCAGCGGGUGGUGAAGUUUGUCAAUCACAGUUACCACGACACAGGCCGCGAUGCUCAACGCUUAAGACGCUUAAGUUGUAUCUAAAAUCCUACUUCGUCAUACCAUUUUAUCAUAUGAAAUAGAAAUAAAAUGUGAAAUGUUUUCAACGCUGAUACACUAUUUGUAAUAUGUAUCUCCUUGUAAAGCCAUUUUACACCCUGCUGUUCACACCCUCACGCUUUAUUGUCUAUUAUAUCUAUUUAUUUGUGUAUUUCCUUCCAACAAUUCCCAAAAUGUGGCCACAAUUAAUACUUGAUGUGAUGCCCAGAUGAUCUUUGAACAAAGACAUCAAAUUACUUUUGUACGUUUGUUUUGUUCUGAUUAUUAUUAUACUUUUAUUUAUUUUUAUUUUUUU